CUCUCUCUAUUUCCAUCCCUCUCUAUCUGUCAAUCAGCGCCGCCUUUGAACUGAAAACCACUCCGACCAACUUCAACUCUCUCAAUCCGAGCACCGCGGCUCCUUCUCCGGCUUCCCCUUUUCCACCAAGAGCGCCCUUCUUUUUUUCUUUUUGGGACUUUUUUUCUGUGGGACCGCGAACGCCACACGCUGUGUGUCUCUGCGUGCGGGUGCGUGUGUGUGUUUUUUUUUCUCCCCAACUGGAGGGGGGCAACGCCACCAACGACACCCCCGAAGUCGCGGAAAGUGGCACUUUUUUCGACGGCGAGGGGUCCUUUUUCGAAAAAGAGCAAAAGUUUCUCCUUUUGGAGGUUUUCCCCCCACCACCACUACCGAGAGCAGCAGCAGCAAGCUAGCCGCCUUUAGUGAAGCUCGUGGGGGGGAAAAAACGCAGCGACAUGCCGCAACUUAACGGCGGUGGAGGGGACGACCUGGGCGCCAACGAUGAGAUGAUCUCCUUCAAAGACGAAGGGGAGCAGGAGGAGAAAAUCUCAGAGAACUCGUCGGCCGAAAGGGAUUUAGCGGACGUCAAGUCGUCGCUCGUCAACGAGUCGGAAACAAAUCAGAACAGCUCGUCCGACUCGGAGGCGGAGAGACGGCCUCCGCCGAGGUCUGAAACUUUCAGAGACAAAACGCGAGAAAGUUUAGAGGAAGCAGCGAAAAGGCAAGAUGGAGGGCUGUUCAAGAGCCCACCGUACCCGGGCUACCCGUUUAUUAUGAUCCCCGAUCUCAGCAGCCCCUACCUCCCCAACGGAUCACUUUCCCCCACAGCACGCACAUACCUCCAGAUGAAAUGGCCCCUGCUAGAUGUUCAACCAGGAGGUCUUCAGAGUAGACAAGCACUUAAAGAUGCCAGGUCCCCGUCGCCGGCGCACAUCGUUGGGCCCUUCUGCUGGGAAUUCCCUGGACAGUCAGAUCUGAGCCUUCACCAAUUUCAUUUGUCGAAUAAGGUUCCAGUGGUUCAGCACCCUCACCACGUGCACCCUCUCACACCACUGAUCACCUACAGCAAUGAGCACUUCACACCCGGGAACCCACCACCACACCUACAGACAGACGUGGACCCCAAAACAGGAAUUCCAAGGCCUCCGCAUCCUCCAGAUAUUUCUCCUUAUUACCCUCUGUCACCUGGCACCGUCGGCCAGAUCCCCCAUCCCCUAGGAUGGUUAGUACCACAGCAAGGUCAACCUGUUUAUCCAAUCACGACAGGGGGCUUUAGACACCCCUACCCGACUGCGCUCACUGUCAACGCAUCCAUGUCAAGUCUUCUGUCCUCUAGGUUCCCUCCACACAUGGUGCCCCCCCACCACGGUUUGCACACCACCGGCAUCCCGCACCCGGCCAUCGUCACGCCCAACGUCAAGCAGGAAUCCUCGCACAGCGACAUCAGCUCCCUCAACAGUUCGAAACAGUCGGAUGCAAAAAAGGAAGAGGAGAAGAAGAAGCAGGUGCACAUAAAGAAGCCGCUCAACGCCUUCAUGCUCUACAUGAAGGAGAUGCGGGCCAAGGUGGUAGCCGAGUGCACGCUGAAGGAGAGCGCCGCCAUCAACCAGAUUCUGGGUCGGAGGUGGCACGCGCUCUCCAGGGAGGAGCAGGCCAAGUACUACGAGCUGGCCAGGAAAGAACGACAGCUCCACAUGCAGCUCUACCCCGGCUGGUCGGCCCGAGACAACUAUGCGGCUAACCAACAGGGGAAAAGGAAGAAGAGAAAAAGGGAAAAGCAGCAAGCGGAGAGCAACGAACACAGAGAAUAUUUUCCAAACCCUUGCCUUUCACUCCCUCCGAUUACAGAUGCAAAUACCCCAAAGAAGUGUCGUGCCUUGUUCGGGCUUGACCAGCUGAGUUUAUGGUGCAAACCGUGCAGGAGGAAAAAAAAGUGCAUUCGCUACAUCCAAGGUGAAGGCAGCUGCGCCAGUCCUCCCUCCUCGGACGGAAGCUUCCCAGACUCCCCCCCGUCCUCGCCCUCCUCCGUGGUCCCGUCCCCCUCGCCAAAAGAGUCCAAACCUCAGACUGAACAAAUGCAACCUCUCUCACUGACUAUGAAAGCCGCCCACCAGCCGCUCCUCGCUCACCCGCACCUCCUGGCCGGGCCGCCGGAAAACCUCUCGACGGCGGCGCUGGGUGGCAAAUCGCUGGCCCCGGAGCCCGGCGAGGUCCCGCCCUCGCGGCUACCGGGCCCCUCGGUGGUGUCCCCCGUGGCCCGGCCCUCGCCACUGCUGUGUCAUUCCCACUCGCUGCAGCCGCUGUCGCUUGUGACCAAGUCUAUCGAGUAGCGGUCGGAGCCUCUUUGUCCUUGUUUGCUUCUAGCCGCUGCUAGCUAGCUAGCUGUUGUUUUCUUUUCAACUUCAUUGGUCAAUAUUUGACCCGCCAAGGAAGCGUCGCGUUAUCCGGGAGCUGCAGCAAUAGCUCGUUAAAACUUCUUAUUUAAAUCCUUUGACUGGACUCUUGCUUGUUGAAGUCGUCGGAGCAAAAACUUCUGUGGUCCAAUGGCGAGCUCCGCAAAGGCACUUCAUCCGGGUCGUGGUCAUCGCGGCUGACGGUUGUUGAAAAAUCUUUCCACGGCUUUUUCACUUUCGCGUUUGAGUCCAGUUGCCUCCGUUCAGGUUUGCAGAUGGCCACGACUCCGAUGACAGACGGCCGAUGAGUUCUAAAUUUUUCCAGAGAAGCUUUUGGUGACGUGGGUGACUGAGAAUCGGUCCUACUUUGUAUCUUUUCUUUUUCAAUUUGGAACAACGGCGGACACACGACGAGCUAAAGGCUAGCGUUGGUUCUCCUUCUUUAUUUGUAUUAAAUACGAGCUUGCGAACCAAUCACACCCCUUCACGCAGCGCACCAGGGCGAGAGGCGAGCGGCGACGCCACACCGAGGAACAACUUUGAAUUGUGAUGUUACUUGUUUAAAUGUACAGAAUCGAACAAAAUGGGGGAGGGAGGGGGGGGGGGGGGGGGGGGGUGACGGGCUGGUCGGGUCGGGGAUACCGUGUUAAUUAUGCAUUCUUCCACUGCUUUUUCUUUGUUUACCUUUUCGGGGAGGGUUGGGGGUGGGUUUAUGGGUGGGUUGUCUCAAGGGGUCGUUGGAUUGAAAAUGU